ACAGCUGUUGUAUAGUAAUUUGUUUUUGAUAAAACAGAUUAUUGAAAUAUACACUUUGUAAAAGAGGAACACCUUCUAAUAAAUAAUACAGUCAUGGCGGAUACAGAGGAUAAUUCCAUAACUGAGAAAGACAAUUCAAAGAUUUGUAUACUACUCAAUGCUACAGGCAAUGUUCCGAUAAUCAAAAAACGAAAAUGGACAGUAGAUCCUAACAAAACGGUCAGUUGGAUACAGAAGUUUAUACACCAAUAUCUAAAACUAGAUGCAAAUGAACAGAUCUUUCUUUAUGUUAAUCAAACCUUCGCUCCUGCACCGGAUCAAAUUAUAAAAAACCUCUAUGAAUGUCAUGGAACUAAUGGGAAACUUGUUCUUUAUUAUUGCAAAAACCAAGCUUGGGGUUGAAUAAUCAAUACAAUAUAGGAGGACUAUCUUAGUAGUAUUAAGAUGUAUGUAUAUGUAUUAUAUGUACAUAUAAUCACUAUGAUUGUAGGUACUUAUAAGAACUUAUUUAAUAUGUUUAAGUAAUUUUUAUAUUAAUAAAAAAUCGUUUAAGAGCAA